GGGAAACGUGACGUAUGCGGCACGUAAAUGGAGCGGCUCUCGGCCUGAACGGUCUUUUUCUUCUCCCAUGCCGUGAGGUUCGAAGGUCUGCAUUCUGUCUGCCGUAAUAUCACCGUCUAACCAGCAAAAUGAUCAUCUACAAGGACAUAAUCACCAAUGAUGAGAUGUUCUCAGAUAUUUACUCUCUCAAAACUGCUCACGAAGAAGUCCUGUUUGAAGUUGAAGGAAAGCUGAUCUCCCGGAAAGAAGGUCAGAUUGAUGACUCCCUAAUUGGGGGCAACGCCUCUGCUGAAGAUCAAGGCGACACCUAUGAUGAGAACACAGUCAGCGGCGUUGAUAUUGUUAUGAAUCACAACCUGCAGGAGAUCUAUUUUGAGAAGAAGGAAUUUAAGAAAUACAUACAGGCGUACUUGAAAGACAUCAAGACAAAGCUGGAAGAAUCAAACCCGGACAGAGUGAAACCCUUUAUGGAAGGGAGCAAGACGGCAGUUGUAGAAAUCCUUAAAAACUUCAACAACUACAAGUUUUACCAAGGGGAGAGCUUAACAGAAGGAGGCGCUGUGGGAUUCCUGGACUACCGUGAGGAUGGCAUCACACCAUUCAUGCUUUUCUUCAAAGAUGGUCUAGAAAUUGAGAAAUGUUAACCUUGUGGAUCUCGUGGCUUCCCCGCUGGCUGCCGAGUCAUCCUGGGAGCAGUCUGAAACAGGAGUACGAGUUUGCGUAAUGCUUCUACAUUGUUGUAUAUCCACGUAACAUCCUACAACACUGCACAACAGCUGUGUGAAAUCAAAUGUGUGAGCAUUUUAUAAAAACUUGGAUUAAUUUUGCAGUGUAAAUUAUAUCAAAGUUUGGCUCAGUGAUCGCUCCUUCAAAAACAAAAAAUCAGAAUUUCAAGAUGGUCAUCUGACAGCUCAGCCCCUUAAAACUGUUUUAUGGUUGUAUUAAAGAUCCCAUCUUCUUUAAA